CUGGAGCGAAGAACCUAGGAAGGUUGGAUUUGAAUGUGGAGUUCAGUAAUGAAGUGGAAGAACCUGCUGUGGCAGGCGGGAGAAAUGAAGGCAAUGGGCUCGGAAGUAAUAGGGAGGUGGAUAAUAUGGAAGGGAUUGGGUUCUUUGAGGACCUUGAUGAAUUCUUGAGUAGUUUGCCGAUAUUUUCUGUCGAUGGGGAUGAUAAGAUCAAGGCUACUUAGUGAAAGUGUUGGUCAACGGUCAAGUACAUGGAGAUCUCCGUCUUUGUUGGAGAAGAUGAGAUCUAUAUGUUGUUGGAUCCGACAGCUAUAUCUCCCUUAUACACCUCAACUGGUUUUACUCAGCUGCAUUUCUCAACAAUGGCAAUCGUUUCCUCAAUCAUGUCCACUUCAGUGGAUCUUUCUUCCUCAGGAGUCUGCGUUUUUCCCAAUACAUCGAAGAUCUUUGGUAACAAUGCAAAUCAGUUGCCGACCUAUCUUAGACUUUCUACCUCGUCAAGAAGACAUGCCAAGUUGAGACUAGCGGCUUCGAUUUCAAAGGUGUCACUUAAGCUUCCGCGCGAAGAAAAACACCAGGAUCAUGUGGCUUCACCAGAGAAAGGGCACGACGUCUUUGAAGAAAUCAAGCAUCGGUUCAUGACCUUUAAGAAAGACAAAUACAUGGAUAAUUUGGAGAGGUUUCAGAGUCUAGCCAAGAGCCAAUCCCCAAAGUUUAUGGUGAUAGCUUGUGCAGAUUCAAGGGUUUGCCCUUCGGAAAUAUUGGGGUUCCAACCAGGAGAAGCAUUUACCGUUCGUAACAUUGCAAAUAUUGUACCCACUUACGAGAGUGGUCCAUCCGAAACGAAGGCCGCACUGGAAUUUGCUGUAAAUUCUCUCCAAGUGGAGAACAUUCUUGUGGUCGGGCAUAGUCGAUGUGGAGGCAUCCGUGCAUUAAUGACCAUGGAUGAUGAUGAAACAGAAGAAGACAUAGACUCAAGGAGCUUCAUCAAAAACUGGGUCCUCAUUGGGAAACCCGCAAAAUCAAUCUCAAAAUCAGCUGCUUCAGAACUCAGCUUUGACCAACAGUGUCAGCAUUGUGAAAAGGAAUCAGUGAACUGUUCGCUGCGGAAUCUAUUGUCGUAUCCAUGGAUAGAAGAGAGAGUGAAGAAGGGGAUUUUAACAAUCCAUGGUGGUUACUAUGACUUUACUGAGUGCACGUUCGAGAAAUGGACGGUGGAUUAUAAGGAAAGGAGCUGUGGAGAGAGGAAACUCGCGGUUAAGGAUCGGUCCAUCUGGAAUUGAACGAAUUUGAUUAAAGAUUGAGUUUGGUUUGGUUUGAGUUUUAAAAUUUCCGUUGGUUUGGUUUGAUUCCAUUUUUACACGCUCACACUUUUCUUUUCUGUUUUUCUACGGCUGUACCUCACUUUGCUAAGUUCGCUUGACCAAAAAAAGUAAUUUAAUAA